UCUCCCAUUUUUUUUGGGGUCCGUAAACUUCUCGGGCUGGAGAACAAACAAGGUUCCGGAGUCAGACUGUGCUUAAGACUUCCAGUUCUUAUUUGUACUACGGCGUGUUCGUAAGCUUUAAAAGUGAAAUUCAGGAUUUAUCUCAAAUAUCUAGGAGCUACUUUUAAUCCUCCAAGACACUUUCGGGCUUAGAAUUUCACUCCGAGGAACAGACUCAUCGGGACUUAUAAUUGCCGGAAGUGGGGCUGUGCUGAAUGGCCGCCGCGGCGACCAUGGCGGCAGCCGCUCGGGAGUUGGUUUUGCGAGCAGGGGCUUCGGAUAUGGAGGAGGAGGAAGGGCCCCUGGGGGAAGGUCCUGGUCUUCAGGAACCCUUGCAACUUGGAGAGUUAGACAUCACCUCAGAUGAAUUUAUCCUGGAUGAAGUGGAUAUUCACAUUCAGGCAAAUCUAGAGGAUGAGUUAGUAAAGGAAGCUCUUAAAACGGGUGUGGAUCUCCGUCACUAUUCAAAGCAGGUUGAGCUAGAGCUACAACAGAUUGAACAGAAAUCCAUUCGAGAUUAUAUCCAAGAGAGUGAAAACAUAGCAUCUCUACAUAACCAGAUCACAGCCUGUGAUGCUGUCCUUGAGCGCAUGGAGCAGAUGUUGGGAGCUUUUCAGAGUGACCUCAGCUCCAUCAGCUCUGAGAUCCGGACACUGCAGGAACAGUCUGGAGCCAUGAACAUUCGCCUUCGAAACCGCCAGGCAGUUCGGGGAAAACUUGGGGAACUUGUUGAUGGUCUGGUAGUGCCCUCUGCUCUGGUUACGGCAAUUUUGGAAGCACCAGUGACAGAGCCCAGGUUCCUAGAACAGCUGCAGGAGCUGGAUGCCAAGGCAGCUGCAGUUCGAGAGCAAGAAGCUAGAGGUACAGCAGCCUGUGCAGAUGUCAGAGGCGUGCUGGACCGGCUUCGGGUGAAGGCAGUGACAAAGAUCCGAGAGUUCAUCCUUCAGAAGAUCUAUUCCUUCAGAAAACCAAUGACCAACUACCAGAUCCCCCAGACAGCCCUGCUGAAAUACAGGUUCUUCUAUCAGUUCUUGCUGGGCAAUGAACGAGCAACAGCGAAGGAGAUCAGAGAUGAGUAUGUGGAGACACUGAGCAAAAUAUAUCUGUCUUACUACCGCUCUUAUCUGGGACGGCUCAUGAAGGUCCAGUAUGAGGAAGUUGCUGAGAAGGAUGACCUAAUGGGUGUGGAAGAUACAGCAAAAAAAGGAUUCUUCUCAAAACCAUCCCUCCGCAGCAGGAACACCAUCUUCACCUUGGGGACCCGGGGCUCUGUCAUCACCCCCACUGAACUGGAGGCUCCCAUCCUGGUGCCUCACACAGCCCAACGGGGAGAGCAGAGGUAUCCAUUUGAGGCCCUCUUCCGCAGCCAACACUACGCCCUCCUAGACAAUUCCUGCCGUGAAUAUCUGUUCAUCUGUGAAUUUUUCAUUGUGUCUGGUCCAGCUGCACAUGACCUCUUCCAUGCUGUCAUGGGUCGGACACUCAGCAUGACCCUGAAACAUCUGGAGUCUUAUCUUGCUGACUGCUAUGAUGCCAUUGCUGUUUUUCUGUGUAUCCACAUUGUUCUCCGAUUCCGAAAUAUUGCAGCAAAGAGGGAUGUUCCUGCCUUGGACAGGUACUGGGAACAGGUGCUUGCCCUGCUGUGGCCACGGUUUGAGCUGAUCCUGGAGAUGAAUGUCCAGAGUGUCCGAAGCACUGACCCUCAGCGCCUUGGGGGACUGGAUACUCGACCACAUUAUAUUACACGUCGAUAUGCAGAGUUCUCCUCUGCUCUUGUUAGCAUCAAUCAAACAUUUCCCAAUGAACGGACAAUGCAGCUGCUGGGACAGCUACAGGUUGAAGUGGAGAAUUUUGUCCUCCGAGUGGCAGCUGAGUUCUCCUCAAGAAAAGAACAGCUUGUAUUUCUUAUCAACAACUAUGACAUGAUGCUGGGUGUACUGAUGGAGCGGGCUGCAGAUGACAGCAAAGAGGUGGAGAGUUUCCAGCAGCUGCUCAAUGCUCGAACACAGGAAUUUAUUGAAGAGUUGCUGUCUCCCCCUUUUGGAGGUCUGGUGGCAUUUGUGAAGGAGGCUGAGGCCUUGAUUGAGCGUGGACAAGCUGAACGACUUCGAGGGGAAGAAGCCCGGGUUACUCAGCUAAUUCGUGGCUUUGGAAGUUCCUGGAAAUCAUCAGUGGAGUCUCUGAGUCAGGAUGUAAUGCGGAGUUUCACCAACUUCAGAAACGGAACCAGUAUCAUUCAGGGAGCACUGACCCAACUGAUCCAGCUCUAUCAUCGAUUUCACCGGAUACUGUCUCAGCCCCAGCUCCGAGCCCUCCCAGCCCGGGCUGAACUCAUCAACAUUCAUCACCUAAUGGUGGAACUCAAGAAACACAAGCCUAACUUCUGAUGUGCUGCACCCUGGGAUCCACCAGGUCUCUCUAUGGACUUCUGUAUCCCUUUCCGUCUCCUCCUGGGCCCCCUUCCAGUUUUCCCCUUGCCUCCUGGGUCCUUAACAUGCUUCUCAGCCUGUUUUCAUUUCCAGGGCCCUGCCCCCAGUGAAGCUAAAUACCCUUGACUUUCUGCCUUUCCUAGUGGGUUUUCCAAACUCCCCCCCGGCUUCCAAAAUGACCCAUAUCGUUUUCUCAGUUUUGUUACUAUCCUCUCUCCUACCUCUCAUUCCCAAUAGUCUUCUCUCUUCCCAGUAAAACCUGCACUGGCUCAAUCUCUGGUUCACACUUGUCAUAUCCAGAGGUGUGACACCUCAACUAUUGGGAUUGGUGGCAAGUACUGUGUCAUACUGCUUGUUUUUGUUUUUGUUUUCCUAAGUGAUUGUGUUUUUUUAAUCUCAGCAACCUGAACACUUAACCAUUCUCCUGAUUUGAAAGUUACUCCAAGGUCAGUUUCUGCAGACAACAAUAAAAUAUUUAAUAUGACACAACA